UGAUUAAAGAAUUUCAUGUAAAAUUCUAACUGAAAUAUAUUCUCUACAGUAUAUUGCAGAAUUUGGCACUGAUCACAUUUACAACACGGACCUCUUUAAUGAAAUGAAACCACCUUCUGGUGACCUGGAAUAUAUCAAAGCCACUGGAAGAGCAGUUUUCCAAUCAAUGCUUGAUGCCGACCAAAAAGCCAUAUGGGUCAUGCAAGGAUGGAUGUUUACUCAUAGUCAAGAAUUCUGGACUAGAGAUCGUUCAAAAGCUCUUCUAACAUCAGUUCCAUUGGGUAGAAUGAUUGUACUUGAUCUUCAGUCUGAAUUUGCUCCUCAGUAUCAACGUUUAGAAUCAUAUUAUGGACAGCCAUUCAUCUGGUGCAUGCUUCACAAUUUUGGAGGUGUUUUGGGUCUCUAUGGUGACAUGGAAUCAGUAAACAAGGGACCGUUCACUGGACGAUCAUUUCCAAACAGUACAAUGAUAGGAACUGGUCUCACACCAGAGGGAAUAGAACAAAAUGAAGUGAUGUACGAACUGAUGAAUGAAGCGUCCUGGAGAAAAAAACCGGUGAAUUUGAAAAAAUGGGUGUCGAUGUAUUCCUACAGAAGAUACGGACAGGUUUCAAUGCAAGUGUCCAAAGCGUGGAAGCUGUUAAAGCGUAGUGUCUUCAACUGCACGUUGUCAUUGAAGGAUCAUGGAAGAUACAUUAUUGUUCAAAGACCUUCACUUCAUAAUAAACCUUUUAUGUGGUUUAAUCCUAAGGAUGUGUUUACUGCUUGGAAGUUGUUUGUCUCGGCUAGCAAGAAUAAAUAUUUGUCACAGCAGGAAAAUUUCAGGUACGAUCUUGUAGACGUAACAAGAGAAGCUCUGCAAUUGUUGGGUGGAGAACUAUAUGGAGCCACUGUUGAUGCUUACAGGAGAAGAAGUAUUACAGAUCUCAGAAAUAUAUCCAUAACUAUGUUGGAUCUUCUUGAAGAUUUGGAUAAAGUUCUUGCUACAGACAAACAUUUUCUUCUCGGAAACUGGAUAGAAAGUGCUAAAUCGUUAGGAACGGAUGUUAAGGAACGAAAACUGUAUGAAUACAAUGCUCGAAACCAAGUUACUCUUUGGGGACCAAAUGGAGAA